UGACUUCAUCUCCACUCGUUAACAUUUAGAUAGUUAGAACGUGUAGUAUUUGUGCUGUGCGAAACCAUGACAAUGGACGUAAACAAUCGUAAAAGUGAGAUUACGAUGAAAAAUGAAGAGCAAACCCAAAUUAGUACCAGUAAGUCCCCAACGAAGCGAUCCUUUGACGUUGCCUUCUUAAUGUUGCCCGAUGAGAAGUUGAAGCAGAAACAAAAAUUCUCCAAAGUGAUAGAUUACGAGGUCAUUACAAGCAACGAGGAGAUGAGUAGCUUUAACAACAACGAAAACGACUCAGAAGAUGAAGACAUCGAAGUGGGUAACCCCGAUUCCCCAAAAAUUAUAGACUACACCAAGUUACCCUCGAAAUAUAUAACGCAGAAGCAGCAAAUCUUUGAUGACCCAAACUUGAGUAAGCCAAAACCAGAAACAAAAAUCAAAAACAUACUUAUGUCCCCAGAAAAAUCGGCCUUCACCAAAGUAAGUCUCACAAAAGAAAUGAGAAUGUCCAGCUCCCCCAACCUAUCAAUCAGCCCCGAUAUAGCUUAUCAAAACUCCUUAAGCCCAUCCCCACCAAUAAACAGAAAUUACCAAAAUUUCCCAUCAAACAUGAUUCCACCAAAUCAAAUCUUCAAAUCGAACUCAUAUCAUCACAAUUUCAUCCCGGAGAAUUUCCCCCAAUCAACAGGCGGGUUAGAGCCUCAUUUUUUGAUGAAAACCAAUCACCAAGAACUACAAAAAAUCAGACCGAUGAUGUUGACUCAAUAUCGCCCCGAUUAUUACCACCAAGUCCCUAACCAAGAAAUGUUAAAAUUAGCCCAACCAGAUUUAAAAUUUUCUUCAGAAAUGAGACACCCAGCCGCCGCUAUCUUAACAUCCCUCCUCCCUCCAUCUUUAGCCGCGUUAUCUUUACCGGCGCAAAACGUUUGCGCGAAAUGCAACAUUUCAUUUCGAAUGACGUCCGAUUUGGUGUAUCAUAUGAGGUCGCAUCAUAAGAAUGAUUCGGGUGAUUACACUAAACGAAAACGGGAGGAGAAAUUAAAGUGUCCCGUUUGCCAGGAGUCUUUCAGGGAGCGGCAUCAUUUAACGAGACACAUGACUGCUCAUCAAGAUAAGGAUAACGAUGAUGAAGAAAUUGGGAAGAAAAAUAAUUUUCCUGUUGGUUAUAAUAAGUAA